UGCAUUCCCAAAAUUUUUUACUGCUUACCUGUCAAAACUAGGCGAGUCACUAGAAGCAAGUCAAGUUGCUUCCCUAGCUUCCAUGGUGAUGGAACGACAUCUUCGCCACCUCCAGGGCCGCCACUGGGUAUAUCUUCUUCCCCGGGGUGGAUUUGCUGAUCAUGUUUGUUUCGGGAAGACUUUCGAGAAAGAUGUCAAAAAUCAUUCCGCCGUCGCAUCGCUCGUAUAUCUCAGCUCACGCCCCCCGGAAGGACUCCGCGCCGUCAGUUUGCUAGAUCCAACUUUAAAAAAAAAUACAACUCGAGAUCAGCUAGAGGUCGGAUAAACCGUCCUCCAAGCAAACCCGUCACUGAUUGGAUCGGA